AUGCUCAAGUUGGCGGGCGUCUUUACCGUACUUUCGACUAUUGGCGUCGCGGUGCUCCAUAGGGACGAGAUGGCAGCAUCGGUAAAGCAGGCGGACCUCGACUCGGCCGACAGUGUCGAUGACUCGAGCAGUGAUGACAGCGAGCACAAAGUCAGCUACCGAGGCGAGAACGAUUCGUCCAAUUCACUAGCUUGGGGGCUCUUGGACAUGAGUCGAUCUGCCGUCAUUAGCACUAUCGAGUCGACGCACCCAAACUGGGUGGGCUCCGCACCCCGAACUGGCGUCGACACGGCAUGCUAUCGGGAAACACACAUUGCCAAAGUCUGUCCCAUUGGGUUUGAACGCAAGCUGGGAACCUGCUGGGCCCAGUGUCCGCUUGAAUAUCCCGUCGAGUGUGGACUGCAGUGCAUUCGGCAAAACGAUGAUUGCACGCUCGAGAUGCUGUCCAAGACGACGGUUGUUGUGCGGUCGGCACUGUCGCUCGCUACUUUUGGAGUCUACGGUGCGGUUGAGAAAAUGGCAAAGGGGGUCCGGCUAGCCGUUAGCUGCGGCAAAGAAGUAGCAAAUUUAGUGCGGGCGCUGACAAAGUACGUGAGGAACAUUCAGACCACGAACACGCAAAACACGACCGACUACGUCAUGACUAUGCUGUACCAGACGGAUAAUGUGGUCUACGACAUUCCGAUCACUAUCAUGGCGUGUCGUGGAAUCAAAGUCUCACCCGGUAUGAAGUUCGAUGACCGAGUGGUCAAUACCAUUGGCCUAAUGCUGAAAGAAGUUGUGGCUCACAAAGAAGCCAUCCUCUCGAGCUGGAAGUCGUUUAUGGACUUCAUGCGGAAAAUUGAGCUAGACGAUGUCCUUGACGACAUGAAAGAAGACGAAAUCUCGUCGCUGCAGUCGGCUUUGGCAUCCAAUUUGACCUGUGCACACGACAUGAGGCGCCUCGUGGACCGCGCGUGGUUGACGGUGGCCUAUCUGCGAAAACAGGACCCGGACAUUUCCAAAGAUGACGUCCGUGUGAUCCUAAGCAAGUCGAACCUCAUGCACCACGUGGUUCCCAUUGUCACAAAUAAUUGCAUGGAAGAACUGAUUAACGGAUCUGACGAGUCAACUGCGUACACAACGCGUGAUAUGCUGCGCAGGACGUUUGGAGGUAUCGUGGACGACCUUGUUUCGUCAGGUGAGAGCAACAAUGGCACACUUCUCCCCGCCACGGAUUUCAUGUAUACUGCUACCGACAAGGCCCUCUUGUUCACAGCCAUAUGGGAUCCCACGAACGUCUUGGGUGUUGUGUCGGAGUACUUCCAAACCAUUUGCGGUCCAACAGAGUUAAUCGGCGAAGUCGACGAUGGCUCCGCGUCGGAUGCGUUGGGUCUUUCGAUCGUCGACAAAGCUUUCCGCAAUAGUACGGGUACGUGGACCAAAAAAGGGAAGGGCACUGUCACCAUCACAUUCCAAAGCAAGGACGUUGAAAAGGUGAAGGUGAACAUCGUGUCAGGUGGCAACGACAUCGGUAAGAUUAAAGUGAAACCCGGUGCGACCGUGACGUGGACUUCUAGCGUUAAAGCACUGGAAGGCAAGACACUGUACUUAGACCGAUGGCGGUCUGGAUUCCUAGGCAUUCGAGGCAGCGGUGGUGGUUCGUUGUUACUUUGGGUUCCGCGAUCGAGACAAGGUGGCGACUUGGAACUCACUGCAAUCCUCAAUGCAACUUAG